CAGAGCAGAAAAGAGCCCGCUUCCCGCGCUUGCUGCUCCUAAGUUUAACUAUUUAAUUUUGCCAAUACAUAAAAUGAUUCACAAUCCAUUGUAAUAAAUAAAUAAAAUGUCACAGCCUUUUCCAGGCGACAUUUCUGCUCCAGUACGUGGGUCUAAAAUAAGCUCUUGGAUCAUCAGUUUUUAGUGUUAUUUUUCUUUGUUAAAAUCCACAAGGAGAUGCAAGUGUGUAGUAUGUUUUUGCCUCCGUUGCGACGCCAAAUUGCAUUUGCGGCCAACACGCCGCUCGAUCCCUAGAUCCAUUGACUCACUUUUCCUAGUGGUGGACAAUCGGUCCACCUACACAAGUUUGUUUUCGGAACGCCCGCCAGCGUUUUCCAAUGAUGCGAUUCCCAUUUACUCGGAUAUUUAAAGUAAUUUUCGUGCUCUCAACAAUUGUCGCCGUCACAGAUUGUUGUUCGAGCCGGAUCUUACUGCUCCGAGAGCAUACGCUUAAAAUUGUGCAGCAUCAGCACAGUCAUAUGCACGAGCAUGCGCACGAGUUGCAGCAGCAGAUCCAGGAAACAGCGGUUGAGUUGUUCAAUCGUCUUGAGCUCCAGAGCAAACAGCUUGAGGCCUCGGCCCAAGAGGCAGCCGAGCAGCUGCAUCCCGGGACGGAUCUUAAGCCGGACAUGGACAGCCAACUGUAUGAACAACCCGGUGAGGAGACCUCUGUGGAAGUGGAACCUGCACAGGCAGCGGAUAUCCUCGAUGCCAGUACUGCAACCUGGUUGACCAGCGAUAGCAGCACUCCAACCACCGCCCCCAAGACAGUAACAACACCCGCAACCGUAACACACACAGGAGAACCGCCACCCGACGACCAGAGCUCGUCCAGUCCGCCCGAGUCGAGCACAUCCGCGCCAGCAACAGACAGGGAAUCGAUCCAGAGCAAGGAGACCGAGAUUCAGAUGCUGCCCUGCAGCGGGGCCUACAACACUAGCUUCUGCCUCAAUGGGGGCACCUGCUUCCAGCAUCCGAUGGUCAACAACACAGUCUUCCACUCCUGCCUCUGCGUGAACGACUACGAUGGAGAAAGAUGCGCCUACAAGAACUGGAAUGGUGACUACCUCUACUCGCCAAUAGCUCAACGGAAGGUCCGGAUGGCGCACAUCGUCUUCUCCUUUCCCGUGCUCAUCAUGCUGUCGUCGCUGUACAUGCUCUUCGCAGCCGUAUUCAUACUCCGGAAUGUGCCGGAUUAUCGCCGGAAGCAGCAGCAACUACACCUGCACAAGCAGCGCUUUUUUGUCAGAUGCUGAGUGGCCUCCACCGAACUGGAGAGGUCCUCCUCUGGCCAUUAUUCGAUUUGAUUCGAUUUGGAAACAAUUUUGGUUUCGCCUAUAAUCUAUAAUGUUCGCCUCAUUGUUGGAUGGCAAAUUCUUUUUGACCAUAUUUCUUUACGUUGCGCAGCGUAAAAGUUAACGCUUUAAUUUAUUGAAUACAUUUAGUGUACUUAGUAGGAUUUUCUAUUUAGUUGCAAAAGACGCACAAUUAGUAUUUGCUUUUCUUUAUCAUUUCUUAGUUUCGUUUGUUUCGCUUUUGAAGCUUUCGUUGGAGCUUUUGUAGUUUGUUUGUAGUAACAUUUUGUUACGUUAAAUUAACCAUUACGAAAUAUUAAGAAUGUACUUAGAACAUAAUCUUAGCGCUUACUCCAGUUUACCAGGACAAAUGGUUAUUUUUGUAACACUUGGUUACAUCAUGUAUAUUGAAAAGAAAAACUAUUUUUUUGUAGUUAUAUUAAAGAGGAA